UCGGUGUGCUGGUAGCAUCAACAUUCCCACAGCUAGUGCCAAGACCGGACAGUGACUGUAAAGCACAGUAGAAAUGUGCGAUGUAAAGAGUGCAUUGUGGAGCUUAUCGACGCAGCGAGUGGGACCCACCAACAACCCCGCGUGCAGCCAUCUGCCUGUCAAUCACCCUCACUUUCCAGCUUGUGCGGCUUUUCGAGUCCUGUCUAGAUUUUCGUUCGUCUACUGCAUCCCAUCCCUGAGCAACAGAGUCGACGAGAAUUUAUCAUUAUGGAAUCACCAACUUCCAUAGCAUCACCCGAGCUUGCCCGGGUCGUUUGGGCGUCUCAUAUCCUGUCCUAUAUGAAUCCUUAUACUGAGACUAUUUCAAACAAAGACCACCUACAGAAGACGUGCGCAGGUUUACCCCUAGAUGCGGACAGUGAUGAGGAGGCAGAUUCUGACGAAGACGUCGAUGCCGAAAUAUUAACGCAAGACACGGAUCUUUUGACGCCACAUGACACCAAUGUUCGCAAAAAGUUCCUUAACGGCGUAGCUGAGCUUCUCUCCCACUCAAAGGGCGGUGCGACCGUCACCGCGGCAGCUCUGAGGGAAAGCGAGGAUUUGGUCGAGGUGGAUUUGUCGCGAAAUGCCGGAUUCCGAACAGAUGAUGAGGAGUAUUUGUCUUCACUGACAGGAUUCCUGGCCGCCGGGAGCAGUGUCGACGCAGAGGCCAGGCGAGACGAGACCAUACAAUUCUUACACUCUUUUAUCGCCAAGACCAUCGACUACAAUGCGAGCAGACUCGACUCUUGUAUUCAAAAGACACAAUGCUUGGUAAAGCGGGUGCUCAUUCCUCUCCCUGUCCCAGAACGCCUAGCGUCUGGGCCGGAACGGCCUUGUCUUCUGGGGUGUUGCGCCGCAGCAGGGAUAUCAACUCCAGCCGCUGUACAAUCAUUAUUCUGGAAGAUCCGUUCCUUCAAUAUGUUGGAAAGGGACAGCAGUCGAGCCCGUACCGACCGGCGAGAGAUGGUAGCUUUGGCAAGUGGUGCAAUUCGUUCCCCUGACAGUGCACGGAUACAACUCGGGUCACUUGCGCCCUCCGUGGAUUCGAGCAAGCUUCUCUUGUGGUGGAAACAAUUGGCGCGACCGGUUACAAUUCUCCGGACACUGGUCACCAUCACGCAGCUGUUGCCCAACUUUCGCACAAUCCGAUUCAUCCCCCUGAAGGUGCCGCCUCUUAUCAAACUAGGAAGUCAUCAGAUCCCCUCAAUCGCCGAAGCCUGGCAAAAUCUCGGCCUCCCCUGCAGCUUGAACGCUUUUAUUCCGGCCUCAGCAAGCCGAAAAACUCGCUACUUCAGAGAUGACUGUUCCCGUCAACUUCACAACCAUUGCGAAAUCCAGCUUCUCAUGCGAUACGAAGCAGACCCUUCAUUGGCACCCACAUUGGCAUACUUCGGUUGCAGCAAGAAGGCGUGUUUCCUCUGCGAUGAAUUCAUCGCGCUGUCACCCUUGAAGCCCGGUGUUCGAGGCAGACAUGGAGUUUGCCAUCCGAAUUGGGCUGUAUCUGCCUUGCCCCCGGGAUCCGGUAUUACGGCACGCGAUAGACUGAACAAGCUGUGUAACGUUAUCAGGAGACAGAUCCAAUUGCUCCUACAGCCCGGGCCUCGGUCACCGCCUAAUAUCGUAUACCAGUCAUCCGCUGUUUCGGACCUGAAAACGGCCGACAUGAUACAUCUAACGCAUAGGGCUGCUGAUCGAGAAACGGUCGAGAAAGCCGCCAAGGAGUAUCGGGAAAAGAUGCAGAUUUUGCUCGACCCCAGGUCUCAGAGACCGCAGGAAAUCUACUGUCGAGACAUACGCACACUUUGCGUCAUGUGUCAAUGGCCUGGCCGACGGUGUUGCGGUUGCUUUGCAAUCUCUUACUGUUCCAAGAGAUGCCAGACAAUUGACUGGCCAUCUCACAAGAUACUGUGUCGCAAGUUCGUUCCCUUCCUGGAGGCCCGCCCGUCAGAGGACUUUCGGGUAGGAAUCUACUUCCCAAGAGACCAGGGCUCGCCGCGGCUCGUUUGGGUUCCCUUUGAGCAUACAGAAGGACCGAUGUACCAGCCCUUUUUUGACCAUUUUCUUGGCUCACUACCUUUUCCGGAAAGACUACUCUGGACUCUCCCUUUCAGGACGAACAAACGGCGGGGAAUCGACUUAGGAUAUUGGAUGACGAUCUACUACGCCGACUACGAUAAGACCAUCAACAAAUCUGUGCACAGAGCCGUGGAAGCGUGUAUCGGCAUGACUGUCCCAAAAACCACUUACGGCAACUACGUCGUCAUGAACGGGCCCUCACACCGUGGCGCCGCUGAACACAGCGACAUGACACUUAUGGACUUCCGGUACACGCUCGACUUCUUCAGUACGUAUUUCGACGACACGAUCCAUGACAUUCCUAGCCAAAAUUCGGUCCGAGCUCUCAAAAUCUGCAGCCCACUUGAGCAUGAGCUCUACGGACGGGAGACCUUUGCUUCGGUUUGGGUGGAUAGGGAUUUUAACGGGAGCAUGAGCGAUGUCUCGGAUCUGUCUAUGGCGCUAAUAGGUUUUGAGAUCAGAGUGUGCCAAGUGAGGGAGACGGAGAUGGAGCGCCAAAGUGAUGCCGAGGCCGAAGGUGGUAACUGGGAGAAUCCAUAUGCCAAGGCGCUUAUGCUUGAAAUAGAUCCAUUUGAAGAGCGAUGGGGUAUAUCCGACAACUGGAAUACGAAGGGAAGUGCGAUUCUCUUGCGGGAGGAUCGCCAGAAUCUAGAUACGGAGCUGGUGGAGGUAAUGUGCCGGUACUGUGUUGAGGUACUACAACCCCUGUUUGAGAAAUCUCGCAAUGGGGAGGUCUCCCGUUCCGAAGUUCUCGCAGAGAUCUCAAAAGAGAAAUUGACUGCAUGGGUGAAUAAAGAGGGGGAUAGACGGAGAGAAGGUGGUCAAACGAUCAUUAGAACUUGAGUUUGUUCAAGGGACGGUUAACUAUGUGAUAUAUUCAGACUGGUAUUGUUAUCCCUCGCAA